AUGCAAAACUCCCUGCAUUCGUCUACCUAUUCUUUACACCAGCUUGGGACACUCCACUUCCAGUACAAUGAUCCGCUGAAAGGAGAUCCUUCAGAUGACUAUGUGGUCACCGACAGGCGUGCACCUGCGAUGGAAGCCAUCCGGAUAGUGAAAAACGGAACGCGGUUCACCGGGGGUCAUUUUGUACUGUCUCUUCCGUGGAAGAAAGCCACUUAUUCCCGUUCGGGAAAUUAUGAAUCGGCGUUGGUCGGUUUGAAUCAACUCACUUGCCGUUUGAUACGUGAUGAAGCCCUACGAAACAGAUAUGUGAAACUGAUGAACCUAAUGAUCGAUAAGGGGUAUGUGAUCCAUGUCCCCGCCUACCAGCUUUACGAAGAAUAUCCGCCGAAAUUGUAUUGUCACCUAAUAUCCAUAAGCAACAUGUUUCUCGAAAUGAUUUCACCCAAUCCUAUCCAUCCUCGUCUGUGGCACAUGCUAACCAGCUAG